UCCCAAAAGUGCGAUUUUCAGUAACCGUGUGGAUUGCAUUUUUAGUUGAACGGGGAGGUUAGCUUGUAGGUUAUUAUUAAUUUUUACGAAAUGAUUAAAAUACUGAUUAGCUUUAGUUUGCUAGUUUGUUUGUCAAAUGCACUUAAGAAAGGAGACUGCGAAGUUUGCAUUAAAACAAUUCAAAAUUUUGCAUCCCAGCUAAGUGAAACGUCCAAGAAAAGUACGACAGAAAUCGAGAAUGAUUUCAAAACUUUCUGUAAACGAGUUGCAAUCGGAAAAGAGCAAAGAUUUUGCUAUUACAUGGGCGGUGAUGAGUCUUCAGCGACAGGAAUACUGUCUGAAUUAUCGAAACCUCUAAGUUGGUCCAUGCCUGUAGAGAAAAUUUGUGAAAAAUUGAAAAAGAAGGAUUCUCAAAUUUGUGAUCUUCGAUACGAUAAGCAAAUCGAUGUCAACACAGUUGAAUUAAAAAAUCUUAAAGUGAAAGAUUUAAAAAAAAUUCUGUCGGAAUGGGAUGAAUACUGCGAAGGCUGUUUAGAAAAAUCGGAUUAUAUCAAAAGAAUAGAAGAUCUUAAACAUAAACAUGUUAGGAGUGAUCUAUAAACCAAGACAAUCUCUUGGGACAUCGAGUUACGCUAUUUCUAAACACAUCGACGCUAUAAGUCACCAUCCACCAAUAACGAUGCUUUUGAGGGAGUGGGAUGCGUAACGAUCCAUAGAAAACGAUGUUUGUAGAUCAGUAAAUAAUGUCAGUGGAUAAUAUAAAA